AGCAGACAAAAAUGGAGGAGAGAGGAUAAAUUUUUCCGCCAGGACCGCGACGACGACGACGACCAGAGGAGGACGAAGCCUAUAGCUCCAAGCUUCGGCCCACGCCCCGCCCCUUCCCCCGCCCUGCCCGGUACGUGCGUCCCUUCCCUUCCCUUCCUUGCUCCAGGAUCGGGUCGGGGGGCGGCGCCGUUCGCCGCAGGGUUCGCCGGCUCGAUUGAAACCGGCUGCGAGCUUCCGGGCUGCUCCCGUCGGCGUGUUCGUGCCGGGUAUCGGAUUCUCGUAGCCACGUACACUAAAAGUCACCUGAAGGUGGUGUAGGGGGGAAACACAUCGGUUCAGAGUGUGUGAGAAAGAUAUAGAGCAUUCUGUCGGAAACUGCUGCAUACCAAGGAAAAUGUCAAGCUAAGGUGCUGGGUUGCUUUCCAGUCUACAGCCGCUCCUGUUGAAUCGCAGUGUGAAGGUGCACCAGAUUAGCAUCCUUUACUGAUGGAUCACCCUGGAAAUGUCACUCGUCAUGAUCACACAAUCGACAUACCAAGGAAUGAUCUGAUGUCGCCGUCAACAUCCCGUCCGGACAGUCAUAAUCAGUUGGAUGAAUUGAACCGCAACAGAGGUCCUUCAAAUGAAGUUCCUCCUGUCCCAGAAAGUUCUGGCACAACCGGUAUGCCUGACUUUCAAAGCGCAUCUUUCGUGAGAAGGGAUCAAGUCAAUCGUCAGCAGAAUCCUCUGAAUUCUGGCUUAUGGAUCUCAAUCGAGCUUAUUGUAAAUGUUAGUCAGAUUAUAGCAGCUGUUACUGUCCUAUCGGUAUCAAGGAAUGAGCAUCCACGGGCUCCACUAUUUGAGUGGGUUGUUGGCUAUAUAAUAGGCUGUGUUGCUACAAUUCCACAUCUUUAUUGGCGCUAUCUCCAUCGCAAUUGCCAGAAUAUCGAGCAAGAACCAUCAGCGCAGGGUUCAUCUCAAAGGAACAUAUCCGAGUCUGAUUCUUUUGCAGCAAUUUCAUCUGCUCAUGCGUCGGAAGCUGUAAACGAAGAUAACAAUACUGGAGUCCCAAGAAACAAUUUCCCGAUUGCAAGUCCAAGGGUCUACGCAUUGGUUGCGUGCUUGAAGUUGGCCUUGGAUUGUUUCUUCGCCGUGUGGUUUGUUGUGGGGAAUGUGUGGAUAUUCGGCGGCCGCUCUUCUGUCCACGACGCUCCUAACUUGUACAGGCUGUGUAUAGUGUUCCUUGCAUUCGGCUUCAUCGGCUAUGCACUGCCUUUCAUCCUGUGCACGAUGAUAUGCUGUUGCCUGCCCUGCAUAAUCUCCAUGGUAGGCUUCCACGAGGAUCUGGAUAUGAACAAAGGCGCUACCGCGGAAGUAAUCAACACGCUGGUGGCCUACAAGUACAAGUCGAUGAGGAUCCGCGAUGGAGGAGAAGUGGGGGAAGACAAUGGCGGGGUCCUGGCAUCUGGAACCGACAAGGAGCGGACUAUUUCCGCGGAAGACGCCGUUUGCUGCAUCUGUUUGUCAAGGUUCUCGAACAACGAAGAUCUGCGAGAGCUUCCCUGCGGGCACGUCUUCCACAUGGAAUGCAUCGACAAAUGGCUCAAGAUCAACGCGCUGUGCCCUCUCUGCAAGUCCGAGCUGGGCGGCUCAACGGCAGCAUCUCCCGAGGCUGGCCCCGAGGGCCAACACCAACAGAAUGGGAACAGGGAAGGAGGCGAUGUCGAGUCACAGCGGUAGCUGUUCUUCUGCUUGGUCCCAUGAGCAUGGGCAUGAGGAUGGAUGGAACACGCCCUUUCGGUGUGGUGCACACUGACCAACUCCUGAUUUUACGUGACAAAGCUAUAAGUAGGACGCAAGUCCAUUUCUCCCAUUCUGGCGGAAUUGUCUCGCAUAUAUUGUAAAUACCCACACCUGCUUAGCUAGUGAUCAUACUCAGUAUUUGUCAAAUGUGGCAUUCACCGGAAGCAGUGGUUGGAGCACUGGAAUUGUCUCCAAAUCAUGCAGAAAUUGAACUGUUUCAUGUGAAAUUCCAAAGCAGAAAGCUCAUGACCCUGUAACUAAUUAA